CUAAAAAAAAAAAAAGGGACAGCAGAAAAAAAGAAAAGAAUGGGUAAAAGAUGACACAGAAUCAGCCCACCGCUCCGGGACUAAAUGCGGGCCGAGAAAAUUUUCUCCGUGACCAAGAGAUGACUCAUGAAACGAAACACCACGAGUCAACGACAAAGGACAAGAUAACGGUGGACCAUGCUGAAGACGUCAAACCUACCGACGGAAAUGCUCAUAAGAAGCACUCUCCUUUUCUCCAUGACAAUGAUCCAACAACCACUGCUGAUAAUGAUUUACCUCCCAAGGGAUUUUACAACGAUGCCACGAGAACCUCUCAAAAGCCUGAUACUCUUUACAACUUUGAUGAUCCCACAGCAAGACGUUUGGGACCAGUACCCUCGGAAGACCCUACGAACACAGGAGCUUGA